AUGGCCUCGAGAGCUCAACAUCCCGACCUCCCAAAUGUGCCUGCAAAUGGCGUCUCUUACUUCACGCCUAGUCAGGAUCCAAUUGCUGGCUCGGUAACAAGUCCACCGCCAAAUGAUUCUGCGCUGCCAAAGCUUUUCACCCCUCUUACCAUUCGAGGCGUUACAUUUCAGAAUCGCAUAUUUGUCUCGCCCAUGGCUCAGUAUUCGUCCGGGCCAGACGGACAAAUGACUGACUGGCAUCUCGCCCACCUAGGAGGUCUCAUUCUGAGAGGAGCGGGCCUUACUAUACUUGAGGCCACAGCAGUCACACCCAAUGGGAGAGGCUCCCCCGAGGAUGUUGGCUUAUGGGACGAUUCGCAGAUAGAAUCCAUAAAGCGGAUUGUCGAUUUUGCACACUCCCAAGGUCAGAAAAUUGGUAUCCAGUUGGCCCAUGCCGGAAGGAAGGCUACAGGCGUAGCCCCGUGGAUAUCUAGAAGAGCACUCGCCACGGAAAAUGUAGGCGGCUGGCCCGACGACGUAUGGGGACCUUCUGCGAUCGCAUACUCGGAUGAAAUGGCCAUGCCGCACGCGAUGUCUCUUGCAGAAAUUGAGGAAUUCAAAGCUGCUUGGGUAACAGCGGUCAAGCGAGCGGUCCAAACAGGCGUGGACGUAAUCGACAUUCACGGCGGCCAUGGUUAUCUCCUCUCAUCGUUCAACUCGCCUGUAACGAAUCGCCGUACAGACCAGUAUGGGGGCAGCUUCGAGAACCGGACGCGACUUACCCGCGAAAUAGUGCAUUUGACUCGGCAGGCAAUCCCUGAUUCUAUGCCGUUGUUCUUACGUUUGUCGGUCACCGAGUGGCUGGAGCAUGAGCCGUCGUUCGAGGAUUCGUGGACCGUUGACUCUACUGUUCAACUCGUGCCCAGUCUAGCUUCACUGGGAGUCGAUCUCCUCGAUGUAUCUUCAGGAGGAAAUCAUCCUCUACAACGCGUGUAUGCGGCCUCCGGGUACCAGACUCCACUCGCUCAAGCCGUUAAAGCUGCUAUAGGAGACAAACUAUUGGUAUCAGCAGUUGGGCUAAUCUCCGAGGGUAAAUUUGCUAAUCAACUGCUCGAGGAAGUUCCUGCGUUGGAUGCCAUUAUGGUCGGACGCACGUUCCUGAAGAAUCCUGGCCUUGUUUGGGCAUGGGCAGAGGAGCUGGGUGUUGAGACUCGCCAGGCGAAUCAAAUCCGAUGGAUCUUUCUAGGUAAAAGCAAGAAAUAG